AUGAACGGCGCUCAAUUUACGGAUCGGGCGAACAAGGCUCUGCUGGACUCCAGCGCCUUGGCCGAACAAUACGCCCACUCUCAAAUCCUUCCUAUUCACUUGGCGGUUGCCCUUCUCAACCCUUCCGCCGAUGAAUCCAAAGACCAGCAAACACCAGCUGGCCACGCUUCACACGAUGCCGCGUCCACCCCCCUCUUCCGUCAAGUCAUUGAGAGAGCCCAUGGCGACCCUCAAUUGCUCGACCGCUCCCUCAUGAAGCUUCUCGUGCGUCUGCCGAGCCAAGAUCCUCCCCCCGAGACCGUCGCGGUCUCCCCGCAACUUGCCAAGGUCAUUCGUUCCGCGACCGACCUAUCCAAAACCCAAAAAGAUAGCUUUGUCGCGAUCGACCACCUCAUUCAAUCCGUUUGCCAAGAUUCACAAGUACAGCGUGCCUUGGGCGAUGCCAACAUUCCCAAUCUGAAAUUGGUUGACUCCGCCAUCCAGCAAAUCAGAGGCACCAAGCGGGUCGAUUCCAAGACCGCCGACGCCGAGAGCGAAAAUGAAAACCUCAAGAAAUUCACUAUCGACAUGACCUCGCUCGCUCGGGAGGGUAAGAUCGAUCCGGUGAUCGGACGUGAGGAAGAGAUCCGCCGUGUGAUCCGCAUCCUGAGUCGACGAACGAAGAACAACCCUGUUCUGAUCGGUGAGCCCGGUGUUGGUAAAACAACCAUCGUUGAGGGUCUGGCCCGUCGGAUCGUCAACGCCGACGUGCCUGCUAAUCUGACUCAAUGCCGAUUGCUCUCUCUCGACGUCGGCUCUCUCGUUGCCGGCAGCAAGUAUCGCGGAGAAUUCGAGGAGCGCAUGAAAGGUGUUCUCAAGGAGAUUGAGGAUUCCAAGGACACCAUUGUGCUCUUUGUCGACGAGAUUCACCUGCUGAUGGGUGCGGGAUCGAGCGGCGAAGGCGGUAUGGAUGCUGCCAACCUUCUUAAGCCCAUGCUCGCUCGUGGUCAGCUUCACUGCAUUGGUGCCACCACCCUGGGCGAAUAUCGCAAGUACAUUGAAAAGGACCAGGCGUUCGAGCGACGUUUCCAACAGGUUCUGGUCAAGGAGCCCUCGGUCCCGGAGACGAUCUCCAUUCUUCGUGGACUGAAGGAAAAGUACGAGGUGCACCACGGUGUCAACAUCCUCGAUGGCGCCAUCGUGGCGGCUGCAACCUUGGCGGCGCGUUAUCUCACGGCUCGCCGUCUACCCGACUCGGCUGUCGACUUGAUUGAUGAAGCUGCCGCUGCCGUCCGUGUCACCCGGGAGUCCGAGCCGGAAGCUCUGGACACCUUGGAGCGCAAAGCCCGACAGCUCCAGAUCGAAAUCCACGCCUUGGAGCGGGAGCAGGAUGAAGCCUCCAAGGCCCGCCUCGAAGCUGCCAAGCAGGAGGCUGCCAACGUUGCCGAGGAGCUGCGUCCCAUGCGCGAGAAAUAUGAAAGCGAGAAGCAACGCAGCAAGGAGGUGCAGGACGCUAAGAUCAAACUUGACUCUCUCAAGGUCAAGCGUGAUGAGGCUGAACGGUCCGGUGACACCGUCACGGCCGCCGAUCUCGAAUAUUACGCUAUUCCUGAAACCAAGGCUCUGAUCGAACGUCUUGAAGCCGAUCGUGCCAAGGCCGACGCCGAGCGCCGUGCCAACUCUGGUGAUGGCGGAGAGGCCUUGCUCGCCGAUGCCGUCGGCCCCGAUCAAAUCAACGAGAUUGUCGCCCGAUGGACUGGUAUCCCUGUCACUCGCCUCAAGACUACGGAAAAGGACAAGUUACUCAACAUGGAAAAGUACCUGGGCAAGGUCGUUGUUGGACAGAAGGAAGCCGUCACCUCCGUGUCCAAUGCCAUUCGUUUGCAACGUUCCGGCUUGGCCAACCCCAAUUCUCCACCCAGCUUCCUGUUCUGCGGUCCUUCUGGUACGGGUAAGACGCUGCUCACCAAGGCCCUUGCCGAGUUCCUCUUCGAUGACCCCAAGGCCAUGAUUCGCUUCGACAUGUCCGAAUACCAAGAGCGUCAUUCUCUCAGCCGAAUGAUUGGCGCUCCCCCGGGCUAUGUCGGCCAUGAUGCAGGUGGCCAAUUGACCGAGAGCCUUCGUCGUCGUCCAUUCUCUAUUUUGCUCUUCGACGAAGUUGAGAAGGCUGCCAAAGAAGUUCUCACAGUCCUCCUCCAGUUGAUGGAUGACGGCCGAAUUACCGAUGGCCAAGGGCGCAUUGUCGAUGCCAAGAACUGUAUUGUUGUUAUGACUUCCAACCUUGGCGCCGAAUAUCUCACUCGCUCCCUCGAUCGCGAUGGUCGGAUCGAGCCACACGUCCGCGAGCAAGUGAUGGGUGCGCUCCGUGACUACUUCCUUCCCGAAUUCCUCAACCGUAUCUCCAGCACCGUCAUCUUUAACCGCCUUACGAAGCGGGAAAUCCGCAAGAUUGUCGACCUUCGGUUGUCAGAGGUGCAGAAGCGUCUCGAGCACAAUGGACGCAAUGUCGCGAUCCGGUGCACCGAAGAAGUCAAAGACUAUCUGGGUGCGGCCGGCUACUCUCCUGCCUACGGUGCUCGUCCUCUCGGUCGUCUCAUUGAACGGGAGGUUCUCAACCGCCUUGCCGUUCUCAUUCUCCGCGGCAGUAUUCGGGAUGGUGAAGACGCCCGUGUGGUCAUGACCGAUGGCCGCAUUGACGUCUUGCCCAACCAUGGACUUGAUGAGAGCGAAGACGGUGAUUCGGAGAUGGUCGAUUCGGAUGAUGCGCUCGCCGAGAUGGAGGAUGACAGUGGAGACAUGGACCUUUACGAUGAGUAA